AUGAGACAGAACUUCUUCGUCGCAUCGCCGAGUAACUCUAUCCUAAUCCUUCGUGUGAUGACAGAGCUUUGCGCUCUUGUCUUAGCUGCUCUCGUGGUCGUCGUUGUGGAAGACUUGCAAUGGGCUUUGGCAUCCCGCCCCGGCGGCGUUAGUCUAUUGCACUUUGUAGGACUUGACGCCGGUACUGGAGUAUGGGGGUUGUUGCGCCUUCUGGCAACGGCUGAAUGGAGGCAGAAGUACUCCAGUUUGUUCCGCCUGCUGGUCAUCUGCUCCAUUCCUCUGCCCGGUAUCAUUCUCAUGGGUGCUAUUUCCAUCGAACUAGUCACAUUUCCCGAGAAGACGUACAAUGUUUCGGCCGGGAUCGCCCCCUUCAAUGCCUCUUAUAUCUACGAAAUCCGCCAAUCCACAGCCACCGCGUUGCUAGUACAGAUGGGUAGCCCCGCCUGGUCUGAUCGAGACUCUUUUUCUCUUGAUCCCUUGCAUCAAGGUGUAGGGAAAUGCACCGGAGCAGACGGAGGAUGGGCCCCGUGUGACGAAUCGCAUCUGCUCACCGGCGGGGUGGUCUCAAUCGCGCCACAGGCAGACAACUUGACGAGCUAUCCGGACUCUGCGGCAUACGUGGUCCCCAACACUCGAGUCGUUCAGUUGGAAUAUGGCAAAGUACACGAUCUCGAUGGCCUACGUACAAAUGGAACUUGUUUUCUCAUCGGCGCCGACAGCGCUGCAUCGUACUGGUGUGCUGCUGUUGGCAAACAGAAAGGACUGCUUUUUGGGUCGGCAUAUUGUCCGAUUGCGCUACAAUUGACCAGUUCAUGCAUCAACAACACAGCUUGGACCAACCCUUUGGAACUGUCGUCGUCGCUAUACGUCUACUCACGUUAUGCGACUAUCACCUAUGAUCGCGGUAACUUCUCGAUCCUCGACGUUUCAGACAUGACAUCACCGGAGCAGGAUAUCAUUGGUCUUGAUGAGUACAUGUUGUCGCUAUCAGCAGUAGUCCCAGGCUUCAACAAGAGCGGCCCGGCUACAAAGGGCGACAACUCGGCAUUAGCUAUUUAUGCCGUCACAGCGCUACCGAUCAACGACAGUGAAGUGGCAAAGAAGCAGUCAUUGAGAGCCGUCAGAAAGGCUCUCUCUGUUCCAUUCAGUUACUUCCACGCAAACUACUUCUCUACUGGUCCCUCAAUCUGGGAACUCAAAGUCCCCCGCGAAGGUCUACCCGACGACAUGUACUCCACCCUAUCUAUUUCGAUCCUCAGUCAUCAGGUUGUUGCGGGAAUUAUCAGCAGGUGGCUUUUCGUCACAGUGGCCGGUAUCAUUCUGUGUAUAUCGUUGGCCAUCAUCAUAGCCACGUCCAGGGUGUGUGUAAAGAGGCCAGAGAGGUGUGGCUACCCGACGUUGGAUUUUGCCGCCGUGUGUGCUGUAAGAGGAGGAAUACCUUCUAGCUCUCCUGAGUGGGGUAAUACACAAGAACCGACUAAUCAUGAAAGAGGCCAUGCGAGCGGUCUACACAGGAGCCUGACGCAACUUGGGCAAAAGCCACAACCCUUCGGAGUUGCGAAGAACAUAAAGAACGAAAGAGUAAUACUAAGCUAAUGAGAUUUUGAGAACAUGACGAUCAAUGAACUUCACAAUACCUAGAAAGCGCACUUUGGGUUAUUUGAAAUAGAAAUAUUAAGAC